CAGUUUUCUUACUUAUUCGCCGAUGACUACCGGCUUCACUUUCUCUAUUUCCCAUGUAUAUUUAUUUUACUUGAAAAAAUAUAAUGAACGGGACGAAAAGCAUUGAAUUUUUUUAACUUGUACGAAAGGCAGCAGGACCGUCGAAUAGGAUGGCUGGUAUUAGAGGUUUGCGAAGUUUGUUUAAUUGCGUUACUCCAAAACAUUGGCUUAAGAUUAAGAGUCAUAGUUAUCAGAACAUUACAAGAUCUCUGAGUACAGGUUCUAUUCUAAAGUAUCCAGUUGUGCAAGAGCAAGAACCAGUUUCUCGUCCUGAAGGACGCUUGAAAUGUACUCUAAUACCUGGAGAUGGUGUAGGCCCAGAACUAUGUACUUCGGUAAAAGAAGUGUUUGAGGCUCUUAGUGUUCCUGUGGAUUUUGAUGAACUAUUUCUCAGUGAAGUUCACCAUACAAUGAGUGUUCCACUAGAUAAAGUCUUGGAAUCAGUUCAAAAGAAUAAAGUUGCAUUGAAAGGCAUUUUACAGUCACCUUUUAGUAGUCACUCUGGAGAACUGCAGACUCUCAAUAUGAAGAUCAGGAGAAUGCUUGACCUGUAUGCUAAUGUAGUUCAUAUUAGAAGUCUACCAGGAGUUAAAACACGCCACUCCAACCUAGAUUUUAUCAUAAUUCGAGAACAAACAGAAGGAGAGUACAGUGCAUUGGAACAUCAG